CGUUGUUGUGUCGUUUCGCAGCUGCGCGUCAGUCGUCGUUGGCACACCACGAGAAUCGCGUGCACAAAAUUGCGACGAGGCCUCUGCUCACUGCUCUGGACGUUUUAUAAACACUCUAUCCGUCGUAAUACCAACGAAAUCCGUGCGAAAGUCUCGCGCCCAGUGCAAUUUCGUUACAAGUUUGAUCCGUAGUAAAUCAGGAUGGCCGACAAGCAAAGCGUCUGCAUCAUCGGCUCGGGCAAUUGGGGCUCGGCGAUCGCCAAAAUCGUGGGCAAGAAUGCCGCGGCCGACGACAAGUUCGAGGAUCGCGUCACCAUGUACGUCUACGAGGAGAUGAUCGACGGCAAGAAGCUCACGGAGAUCAUCAACGAGCAGCACGAGAACGUCAAGUACCUGCCCGGACACAAGUUACCCGAGAACGUCGUCGCCGUACCAGACGUCGUGGAGGCGGCCAAAGACGCCGACAUUCUCAUCUUCGUCGUGCCUCAUCAAUUCAUACGCAGAAUAUGCAGCACGCUGCUGGGCAAGCUCAAGCCAAAUGUCAUCGGUAUCUCGCUCAUUAAGGGCUUCGACAAGAAGGAAGGCGGCGGCAUCGAGCUCAUCUCUCACAUUAUCUCGCGAGAAUUGCAAAUACCCAUGGCCGUGCUCAUGGGUGCCAAUCUCGCGUCCGAAGUCGCCGACGAGAUGUUCUGCGAGACCACCAUCGGCUGCACCGAUGAAGUACAAGGACCGAUCCUGCGAGAUCUCCUGCAGACCCGCGACUUCCGCGUCGUCGUUGUCAAGGAUGUCGAUUCCGUCGAGUGCUGCGGUGCCCUCAAGAACAUCGUGGCCUGCGGCGCCGGCUUCGUGGACGGCCUCGGCCUCGGCGACAACACCAAGGCCGCCGUCAUCCGUCUCGGCCUCAUGGAGAUGAUCAAGUUCGUCGACGUCUUCUUCCCGGGCGGCAAGAUCAACACCUUCUUCGAGAGCUGCGGCGUGGCCGACCUCAUCACCACCUGCUACGGCGGACGCAAUCGCAGGGUGUCCGAGGCCUUCGUCAAAACCGGCAAGACGAUCGAGGAGCUCGAGAAGGAGAUGCUGAACGGACAGAAGCUGCAGGGACCCAUCACCGCCGAGGAGGUCAACUACAUGCUGCGCGCCAAGAGCAUGGAGGCGCGCUUCCCCCUGUUCACGACCGUACAUCGGAUCUGCGUGGGCGAGCUGAAACCGGCCGAUUUCAUCGACUGCAUACGCAAUCAUCCCGAGCACAUGUAAGAGACAAACAAAAAAUAGAGAAAGACAAAUAGCUGCUCUCUAUCUUACCGACAAAUUCAUUCUUAUGAAUUAUUAAUUAUUAUUAUUAUGAUUAUAACGAAAUAUGCCGCGAUACCAGCGUGUCGCGUAAAUGAGAUUUUCUUUCCAUUAGAUAUACGAUUAACUGACGUCAGCUAUAAUCUAUGACGAAUUUCUGUUCUGAUUUCAAACUUAAAAAAGGUGCUUGAUAGAUUAGUGAUUAAUCACGAGUUUUUUUCUCUUCCUACAAAUUAUUGCUUUUAUCAAUCUUGAUUGUUAACUUACCGAAAAUAGCUUGUGUAAAGUUUGUAUACAUUUGUACAUAUGGUUACUGUAUUAUUUUGUAACUGCAAUUUGAAACUGAAUGUAAAAUCAAAUUUCAUUCAAUUCAACACAUGCAUUUCAAUGCAAUUGAAGAUAAAACUAAAAACUCUCCGAAUGUUGUUCACACGUUCGCGUUCUAAUCUUUUACUAAGUAGAAAAAAAGCACGUGCACGUUAGACAAUGUAGGCUUCUAAAAGUAGCCAAAUAUUCUUUGAUAUAGAUUAAAAAUAAUGAUAUCUUGUGCACUCAUGAGAGCUGACGAUGAAAAAUUUUGCAAGGUCCGACAAAAAUGAUGAAACUUUAUAAGUAGUUAUACGGUGCUGAAUCCUGAUUUGGUUUUCAAUAUUUAACGUAAGAUAUAGACAAAAAACAUGAAUUUAUAUAGAUUAUGCAGGAUGCAGAAGGGAUUUUGUGACACUUAUCGAUGGUACAAGCUCAUGAAUACGUAAUGUAUACUAAAUGAAAGUUUAAUGAGAAAAUAUAUGAUUAUUUGUUGAUACUAUAUUACUGGUUUUUUAAAAACUAUAUGAAAAAAGAAGAGCAAACCUUGCACGCUAUCUUCGCACCAAUCAGCUAACAUCAUUAUCAGCUUACUCAUGCGCAUUUUUUAUGCAAACUAAAUUAUUAUAAUUUAAAAGAUGUUAUUUUAUUUUUAUUUUUAUUUUUUCUCAUGCAUCAUAAAUUUGGGCAAUGUUUUUUAGGGAAGACACCGACGCGUCGUACGAGAACAAGCAGGCCAACUCGCCGAGGUGUCAUCUUUGAGGAGUUGAAAACGCAGACGGGACCACGCAUGCAAUAUUAAUCAUCAAAUUACUGGAAUGCACGCAUUUCAUCGCACACCACCACCACCACCACCAUAUAACACCAUCGCUAUUGUUAUCAUCACGAUCAUAAUACGAGCCAUUAUUCGUUUCCUUAAUUUUUAAUCUCAUGCCAAAGUCUACAGUCAUUUUUGCAACAUUCACACCGAUGUAUAUGCGAUAUUACGUUUAUUACGAUCCUUAUUAUGAAUUCCGUCGACAUUAUUGUUGUUGUAAACACGAUUGAUUAUGUACAUACCGUGUAAAUGCAACUCACUUCGAGUGCGUGUGUGAGUGAUAUGUGGGGAUCAGUGAUUAAUUUUUUUAAGUUUUUUUUUCUUGUUUGGUGUAAUACCUGUUUGUAGACGAUUUUUAUUUUUUGAAAAAGAGAAUUUAUAGAAAUAUAUUUAUAAAUAAUACUAGACGAUAUGUAAGGUCUGGUUCAUCCGUAGAUUAUCAAUUUAUACAUUUGUUUUGACGCUUUUUUUUAACGAGUUCUUACGGAAAUUGUGAUAAAAUGAGUUAUUAUUUACAUUAUAAACAAUGAUAUUAUUAUGGUUGGCAUUUAUAAAUAUGAAUAUACCUUUUGUUUGAAACGAGCGAAUGUAUGAAAAAAAGAAUAAAAAAUAACUAUAGUUACGUUUCGUAUAUAAACGCA